GCAGUCCAGUUUGCAAUCGUGGACAAAUCGCCGAUGCAGGGCGUGACGCUUGUCGGCGGAACCGAUCCGCCCGAGCUUGACUAAAGCGGAGCAAAAAAGCGGACGGGCAGCUAUCGAUGACUCUUUUAUUAUUCUCUCGUCUUUCCUACUCAAUCUUCUCUCUUCGCUCUCCCACUAUUCUUGCUGCAACUUGUUUUCACACGAGAGUGCAUUACUUGCGCAGCAAUACCAUCUUACUUGCAACCUAUUGUCUUCCACAUCCAAACUGACCAUGAGCCCCCCCGCCGCUGUGGACGUUGAUUCGGGCUCGGCGUCCGCUACCGGACCAUUGACAGUCGACGCCAUCCCGGCACUCAGAGCCAAGAGCGCAAAGAUUCCCUUGGGAGUUGCGCCUGCAACUCAUAGUGACCUCUUCAAGAGCCCAUACUGCUAUACCAAGCCACAUGCCAAACGCUGGGAUGAUGUUUUCUCCAUCGAGGCAAAGGCUCGGAAGACCUCGACCUUGAAAGGCGCCGCGCAGUUUCUCAAGAACCCAGGCUUGAUUUCCCUGGGCGGCGGCCUCCCCUCUCCGGAAUAUUUCCCCUUCGAUGAACUCUCUGUGAAGGUUCCGACCCCUCCUGCCUUCUCUCCGGAGGAGAGCCACAAAUCCGGCUCCGUUAUCACUGCAAAGAAGGGAGACAGCCGCGACGGAACAAGCUGUUACGAUUUGGAGGUUGCGCUUAACUACGGCCAAGCCACGGGAUCCCCGCAACUGCUGCGCUUUGUCACGGAACACACAGAGCUUAUCCACAACCCCCCAUACUCCGAUUGGCAAUGCUGUUUGACGCCUGGCAGUACCUUUGCCUGGGACGCUGUUCUCCGCAUCCUCUGCAACAGAGGUGACUACAUCAUGAUGGAGGAAUACACUUUCUCGAGUGCUAAAGAGACUGCGCUUCCUCUUGGCCUGAAGGUGGCCGGUGUCAAGAUGGACGAACAGGGUCUUCUGCCCGAGGCACUCGACGAAAUUCUCACCAAUUGGGAUGAGGCUACUCGCGGUGGCGCCAAGCCUCGCGUACUAUAUACCAUUCCGACAGGUCAGAACCCCACGGGUGCAACUCAGGGGGUUGAAAGACGUAAAGCUGUAUACAAGGUCGCCCAGAAGCAUGACAUUAUCAUUGUGGAAGACGAGCCAUAUUACUUUCUGCAGAUGCAGCCCUACACUGGCGCCGAUGGCCAACCCGUGCCUCCUCCGGCCAAUCACGCCGACUUCAUCAGGUCGCUGGUGCCUUCUUAUCUGAGUCUGGAUGUCGAUGGCCGCGUUUGUCGGAUUGAAUCCUUCUCCAAAGUGCUGACUCCUGGUUCGCGCGCCGGAUGGCUGGUUGCUCCGGAGCAAUUCAUUGAACGCUAUAGCCGUCACAGUGAGACUACUGCUCAGAACCCGAGCGGCAUCUCUCAAAUUCUUCUGUUCAAGCUUCUGGACGAACAUUGGGGCCAUUCUGGAUAUCUUGACUGGCUGAUCAACCUUCGCAUGCAGUACACCGGCCGCAGAGAUGCUUUGGUGAUUGCUUGUGAGAAGCAUCUUCCAGGGGAGAUUGCCAGCUGGGUCGCACCGGAUGCCGGCAUGUUUCACUGGAUUGGCAUUGACUGGCAAAAGCAUCCCGGCCUCGCCGCAGGCAAGACCCGCGACCAGAUCGAAGAACAAAUCUUUCUUUCUGCUGUAGACAGCAAGGUCCUUGUCUCGCGCGGUAGCUGGUUUACGGCCUCCGAAAGCUCUGGUGAGGGGAAAAUGUUCUUCCGCGCAACUUUCGCUGCCGCCAGCUCGGAGAACAUUGAGGAAGCCAUCCGGCGACUUGGCGAGGCUCUUCGGGUGCAGUUUGGUCUAUAAGCAGAGCACUUCUUCUUGAUACCCAUGGUUGGAUAAGUAUAUAUGAAAAGAGAUUUAGGAAGUAGUAGACGGCUUGUGGUGCAAUGGCUUGGAUUCUCCGAGGACUCGACUCGCUGAUUUCCAUGCUAUACUUCUACUGCAUAAGUAUUUUACAGCUAGAGCUAGACGGAGAUCUUGAACUUAAUGAAGUAUCG